AGGGGGAAGGGAAGGAAGGAAGGGAAGAAAUAAAUAAUGAGAAAGAAAGAAAGAAGGGAAGAAAAGAAGGAAGGAUAUAAAGGAAUGACUUCUGCUCUCUUUAACAGCAGCUACAAGUCCCUUAAUAGUUCACCCCUUCUAAGGUUACAGCAUAACUUCCUUUUCUUCUUUCGCUUUCUAUUCCACCCUUUCUAAUCCUCAAGCCCGUAAGUCACGUGUUCCUGUGUUUUCUUGUUUCAGCAAAGGAAAGGAAAGAAAAAAAAUAGGGCCCACCGGGUCUUCCCCUGGCCAGUACGGGAGUCAUUGGCCUUCCCUUAAUAAAGUCAGUUUCUCCAUCUCUGCAGAUCUUGUCAUCUUCCCCAGCUGUUGGUCCUUGGAUCCUGCUUCACCUUGACCCCGGAUCGCAGAGGGGGUUCAAGCCCUUCCCCAGCCUCUGCCAAGGCCGGCCCCCCACUCCCCCUGUCCCUGGAAGAGAACUGUCCAGUGGGACUUCCGGACAGGCACCUGCUGGCCCAUACGACCAAGGGAGGACCUCGGUGCUCAGAGGAGCUCAAAAACCUUUUACAACCUCGCUGGCAAAUUGCUGAAUAUUUAGAGUAGAAAGCUGAGAUUCAAAAUUUGAGGACCCCAACAUCCAAGCAGCGCUCAGCGCACAGACACCUUUGGCACCAGAACGUCCGUGACUAAGAGAGGCACAGAUUGCAUUGUGGUUCCUUCCGCAGCUGAUGUCUUCCCCAAGAGACCCCGCGCAUCCAGGGCCCGGCCCCAAGGACUCCAAGGAAGGCGGCCUAAUCAGCAUCCCGGAAAUUAUUCGGAAGAAACGAGAUGGCCAGACACUGCAACCAGGCGAAAUCCGCUACUUCGUGCAAACUCUGGGUAGUGGCAGAUCGCGGGAGGGGCAAAUCGGGGCUAUGCUGAUGGCCAUCCGCUUGCGAGGCAUGGAUCCCUGCGAGACGCUGGUCCUGACCCGGGAAAUGGCGGCUUCGGGGACCACCCUGGAGUGGCCGGCACAGUGGCGAGGGCUGCUGGUGGACAAGCACUCCACGGGGGGCGUAGGGGACAAAGUCAGCCUGCCCCUGGCGCCGGCGUUGGCGGCCUGUGGCUGCAAGGUGCCCAUGAUCAGUGGCCGGGGCCUGGGCCAUACCGGGGGCACCCUGGACAAGCUGGAAUCCGUGCCAGGCUUCUGCGUUUCCCAGAGCCCAGAGCAGAUGAGAGAGAUCCUGGAAAAAGCCGGGUGCUGCAUCGUGGAACAGAGCCAGCAUCUGGUUCCAGCAGACAAGGUCCUCUAUGCCCUGAGAGACGUCACAGCCACGGUGGACAGCCUGCCCCUCAUUAUAAGUUCCAUCCUGAGUAAGAAGAUGGUGGAGAGGCUCUCCGCUCUGGUGCUGGACGUCAAAUUUGGCAGCGCCGCCUUGUACCACACACUGGAGGGCGCUGAGCAACUUGCGCAAAGCCUGGUGUCCGUCGGAAACCAUCUCGGGACGAAAACAGCGGCAAUUCUGAGCAGGAUGGAUGAGCCCAUCGGUUGCCGGGUGGGCAAUUCCUUGGAAGUCCUGGAAGCCUUGCAGUGCCUGGAAGGAGGUGGCCCCGGGGACCUCCGUGAGCUGGUGACCACACUAGGCGGCAUCCUGCUGUGGCAGAGCGGGCGAGCGGCCUCCGUGCCCAAGGGGGCGGCCCAGAUCGGCCAAGCCUUGGACGACGGCUCUGCCCGGGACGCUUUCCAGGCCAUGCUGCGGGCCCAAGGGGUGCUGGCCGAGGUCUCCCGCCUGCUGUGCGAAGGGACGGAGGCGCAGCGACUGCAGGUGCUGAAGCUGGCCGGCAACCAGGAGGAGCUGCGGGCUCUGCAAGAUGGGACCGUGCAGCAGAUCCAGGCUAUGCCCAUCGCACUGGUGCUGCAUGAGUUGGGAGCCGGACGGACCCAGGCGGGGCAGCGCAUCAACCCCCGGGUGGGCGCGGAGCUGCUGGUCUCUAGCGGGAAGCGAGUGAGCAAAGGAACUCCGUGGAUCCGAAUCCAUUACGACACCCCCAGGCUGAGCAACACCCAUCGAGAAGCCUUGCAGAAAGCCCUGAUUCUGGGGGACCUGGAGCCCUUCACCCCCACCUCAAAGGUGGCAAAAGUCCUUUUCUCGACGGAAGAGUCAGCCACGCCUGGAUCUCGGGCAGAGAGCAAAGGGGAGAAGGAGCAGGGCCUGGACCGGCCGGCCAAAGGACCUGGGGUCCCACCCAAGGCCCCACCCUUAGAUUAAGACUCUUUUCAGAAGGGGGGGAGGAGGUGGGUUCUGCAAGACAGAGCCUGCUUCCAUGGUCCCCUCCAGAAGAGAGGAAUGGACCUGGUGGUCCAGUCCGGGGAGCUCCCACCUUGGAGAAGGUCGACUUAUGUGGGCAUUGAGGGACGAUUUCAACCUGAUGCUCCCAUCCUCAUCCGUCAGGUUGAAGGUUUGAACCUGUAAGUCGUCCUCCGAAACCAGGAUCAUUUUUGUCAAUAAAUCCUACCGUGCUUGUG